AAGCAUCUCCCCCCUUCCCCCACCUCCCCUGCUUCUUUUAUGUUUGCGGCAGGUUAGGGAUUUUGCGACGGCUUAUUGUCUUCUCUGCGGCUGUGUUGUGUCCGAAUUGUACCGAAGGUUUCGUCUGCGUGUGAGGGUACGAGGUUUGAUGCUGUUGAAGGUACGUGUGGUACAUGGAAGUGGGAGUGAUCUGCUGUUAGUACACAAGGAUGGUGCUCUGAGAAUCUCUAGGCCGAAUUAGGUUAUGUCGAUGGUUUCAAUCCUGCAUAGCACCAAGGAUCCAACAGAGGAAGAGUGUUCUUAUCAGGAGAUUCACGUCUUUUCUGAUUAUUGGCUUUCAUCAUUGCCAUCGUUUGUGGGGAACAUGGCCGGCAGUGUAAGGUUCUGGUUACCCAGCAAGGAGCAAGAGAGAUCGAUGCCAUAUGAACGGCAUGCUUCCCACAAAAAGCACUGGAAUUUCUGUGGUGGUAGCUAGCAGUGAGGGCAGAUAAUUGGGAGCAUAACACCAUUUUACCAACUGACAAGAACACCCUUGGAGGUUAUACAGAUGGGUAUCCUUGUCCUAUUUCUGAUUACUUGCUGUGGCAGUGUGGCUGAAGAAACUCUGCAGUCUGCAUUACGAACUGUCAAGUUAUACUAUGAGAACUGGGUACUGAAUUAUUUUUUAUCCAUAUGCAGACAUCACAGAUUACACUGUCAUUUCUUGUUGUAUCAUUAUACGAUCUUCUAUCCCUUUGAUAUAGUUCUUGAACUGAAGCCAGAGCUUCUUGCAGAACAGCGCGGCAACCCUGCUGAUUAUUCUGCUGAUUCUGUUCAAAUUAGCCCUCUCCUGAGCAGCUUUGUUAGAAUUGAAUACUUCCAGAGGAUGGGUCAUGCUAUUUACAUUGCCUGCCAUUUCAGCCAGCGAUCAGACAUCUUAUCCAGGGCUAUCAGUUGGUUCCUCUUCUCAGUCAGAUGCAUGAUAUGCUCAAUGUGCUAAAACCAUAUUUUCAGCUUUCACAACUAAGUGCUCUUUGAAUAUGCUGCUUCAAGUUCUCUUCUUCAGCCUUAACCUUGCCUGCCAGUACAAGUGUUAUCACUGAACAAGAAUAAUUGAAAUGAAUAUGGAAAUAUCUGGACAAGUGAAGUUAGAUUUCCUUGGUGGUACUGCACUUGUGGAAGAUCUUUCUUCAUGAUAUUGAAAUUUGGAGUAAUCAUCAAUGUCACUUCAGAUGACUAAAGUGCUGGAUCUGUUUUAAGUGGUGCAUCAUAAUGUGUAAUCAUAUAUUGGUAUCCCUCUUGCAUUAGUCUUAUUGGCACUUCUGUUUUAUGGAAUAUGAGGUUUUCCUGGACUCUGCUACUUAUUGCUAAUUGAAUAAUCAUAUGGCUCAAGUUUUUGGGAGACCUGAUCAUAGAGAAUUUAGAGGAAGGCCUGAGAGAAGAAGCCCACCCCAUCGGAGGUAUUCCGCUGACAGAGGUACCAGGGGCAAUCUAUUUUGUGACCAGAGGCCAAGUUCUCGAGACAGGGGAUCCAGCCACUCAAGAUCUCCCAUCAGGAAGAGUGAGAGAAGGCAUAAUAAGAAGAAAGUUGAUGAUGAAAAAUCUGAUUCAGCAGGCAGUUUGAACUCCUCUGAUAAUGAAGAUAGAAAAAAAGAUGACAGACACUCCAGCGGUAAUGAGAAAGAUGAUAUUGAAGCACAGCUGAAACAAAUUGCACUGGAUAUGAAAGCAUUACAUGAAGAUAAAUCUAAAGUGCAGAUGAUAUUGGACCAGAAGAUGGACGAAGCAGGCAUACUUUCUACCAAAGUAGAUGAUCUUGAAUUGCAGUUGAAUAAAGAGAAACAAGAUUGCGAAAGGAUGGCCUCCAAAAUAAAGAAACUCAUCAAAGCACAUGGGCGUUACGUGAAAGCACAGGAGGAUUUAAAAAGGUCGCAAGGACGUUUCGAGAGAUUGGCUGAUUCACUUGCUUCUGAUUCCUUGAAGUCUGGUACCAAAGAGCAAGGUUACAGUGUGAAUGCUGGUAAUGAUGACCCAUAUUAUGAUUAUGAAAUGAGCCCAUAUGAUCAGCGACAGAAGCAUGGUUUAACAGCUGGGAAAAGGUCGACUGCACUUUCAGCGAGCGAAGAAGAUAAAUCAGGGAAGAAAAGGAGAGUUAAUGGUGAUGAUAUGAUCCAUAUGUCAGGGAAAUAUAUACCAGAAGAUGCUCUAGAGUCUUUCAAAAACAGCAAUGGAACUGAUACACCAAAAUCAUUAUCUAUGAAGAAAUUGGGGGAAGGUGACAAUAAUGACGAAAGAAAUGUCAUUUCUUCUCACAAUGAUUUUACAGACAGGUACAAUGGCAAUGGGGAGGAGGAUCACGUCGACGUGUAGAUUCCCGUGGUGGUUGACAGAUUUCAACAGCAAAGUGUAACUUGAAAUGGAGGAAAACAUGGUGCUUUUGAAACCAGGGCUUGUUAUAUCGUCUCCAGUUCUUUAUACAUCGGGCAGUAGAAGUUCAGCACCCUGGUAACUUCUGCAGCAGUAACUUAUGUGAAGACGUGGAGUAUUGCGAAACAGAUUGUGCUCAUGUGAAGUUUUUGUCUUAAUAUCGCAGAGCUCUUGAAGUUACUACAUGAGCUUGUGUAUGACAGGCCUUCCUAGUAUCGGUUGAGGUUUUGACAGCCCUCGUGUUACACUGCUGCCUGCUAUUUAAAGGCUUGUUUGUGCCUAUGUAGGUGAAGUUGCACCAUAUGUCACUAAAUUUGGGAUGUCUGCCAGUUUGUUCCCCGAGUUUGCGGGUUACACAUUUAGGCCUCUUUAUUACUGAACUUGUAUAGUAGGCCAUCAGAAUCUGAAUCCUACUUUAUUGGUAAAUUAGGAACAUAACAAUUGGGCUUAACAUUUUUACCAUGUGAUUGCACUCUAAAUCAUACUAUU